AAGACGUGAUUGAGAUCUGGUAUAGAAAAAAAGUCGAUUUGAAUUUUAUGUAGACUUGAUAUUGGUCUCUCUGUGCGCAUGACCGUGGCAGUGCAAGGGAUUCACAACGCGCCUCCUGUCUUCAUAAUCAUAACUUUAACAUCAACGAAAGAGUUCAAUACCAAGCGAGAUUCUUCGGUAACCGGUUUAUUUACAUAAUGCAAGAGUCAUGUGUAAAUCGAGCAUUCCCGCAGGGAAAUAUGACCUUGAUUUGUGAGCAUGAAGUUUGGGUCUGUUAAUGAGCUGGAGAUGAAGAGCUCCUCAGGACUCUCCUCACACUCACUUCAGUGAUGCUGCCGCUGAGUCCAGCACAUCGCUUUCUGCUCACUUCCAGCAACGCGGAUCGUUCCUGCUCUCUUCACUUGCGCUUGUAAUCAAAUCUAUCACAAGGAAAACCUUUUUGCGCAUUAUAUUUCUUCACUUCAGCGCAUUUGGACUCAUAAUGUCCGGGCUGAAGUUGAACGGGGCUCUGAUUCUGUGCGUCCUGAUGCUGCCGUUCUCUCGGCCGAGCAGUCAGGUGCUGGACUGUCGCGAAGUGCGCUCGUCUUUCCAGUUUUUGUACCCGGGGAUGAAAUGGACACCAGAAACGCCAGUCUCAGGCUCAGAUCUGCAGGUGUGCCAGCCGAAAGGCCUGACCUGCUGUUCUCGCAAAAUGGAGGAGCGCUACUUGCUCAUUGCCAAACAGAAUAUGGAGUCCAGUCUCCAGGCCACCAGCGCUCAGCUCAAAGUUCUCAUCAUUCAGAAUGCCGCCCUCUUUCAAGAGGCUUUUGACAUGGUCCUCCGUCUUGGACGUAAUUCCACUCUGACGCUGUUACGGGAGGAGUUUCCCGGUUUGGGGGCGGGAGCAAGCGGAGCCGUCACACAGUUAUUCCUAGAAAUGUCCCUCUACAUCCUGGGCUCGGAUGCUAAUGUAAACGACAUGGUCUCUAGCUUCUUCUCCCACCUGUUUCCUUUCACCUACCGGCGUCUGCUUGGAAACGGGGCGGUGACGGGCAUCUCGGAUGAAUGCCUCCGUGGGGCCUGGAGGGGAAGCUCUGCGUUCGGGUCAUUUCCCAAGAUGAUGAUGACCCGGCUGUCUCGCUCGCUCCUGGCCACUCGGGUCUUCCUGCAAGCGCUGAACCUGGGCAUCGAGGUGGUCAACACCACCCAGCACCUGCGUGCGGGCAGGGACUGUGGGCGCUCGCUGCUGAAGCUCUGGUACUGUCCGCACUGUCAAGGCCUGCUGGAGGCCCGUCCGUGUCGCCCACUGUGUGUCAGCACCAUGGGGGCGUGUCUGGGGGGAGCGGCGGAGGUGCAGCCUCAUUGGAGGUCAUACGUGGAGGAACUGGGGUCACUCGCCGCUGCCAUGAAGGGGGAGCAGGACAUCGAGGCCGUGGUGCUCAGACUGCACGUCAUCAUCAGACAGGCUCUCAAACAAGCCGUGGCGGCCAAAAGCAAAGUCAGCGCACAGGUAAGCGGGAUAUGUGCACAUGCACCCUCGCGGGUGUCUCGUGCCGCGGUACUGUCUGCAGAACAUGCCGCUGCCUCGCCGAUGCCCCACAAUCGUCCCACGGUGAACUUUGACCCCGAUGAGACCCUCUUUGGACGCCGCAGGGAGUUUAUCUCGGGUCUGAGGGGCUUCAGUCAGUUCUACAGUGGCCUCGGAGAAGCCCUGUGCAGCAAAGAGCCGGCGGCACUCAACGGUUCCCUCUGCUGGAACGGACAGGAGAUGACAGACAAGUUUCCUGGUCCAGGGAUAAAGAAAGUCCCUCCACACGGCUCAGAAUCCAGACAAAAACCACCUGAACCCGUCAUCAGCCAGAUCAUCGACAAACUCAAACACAUCAAUCAGGUGAGUUACUGUUUAUCUGAAAACAUGCACACACUAUUUUACAUGUGAACUUCACAGUGCACAUAAUCAUACGCUGCCAUGCUGUCAGUCAUCACACAGACAUACAGACAUACAUAAACUCAUCACCUCUGCUUUAACUCUGUCAUAACCGUCUGCCUGUCAUCACACACACAGAUGUACAUGUCUGCACACUGUUUUAUGGCAGUGCUGUCUUUUAGAUUAUCAGGAUGUGUGAUAGGGGCUGCCGGUAUCUGUAUACUAAUGCAGACAAAGCAGAGGCUUUCUUUCACUUUCUUCCUGCCUGCC